GAGAAAAUAAUAAUAAUAAUAAAAAAGGUCGGGGGUGGGGGAAUGGACGGGAGGGCCGAGGCUCCGGCUGCCACUGGGCAUAUCCAGCGAACGCGGUGGAAGUUGACAGGCUGAGAGGGAUUGCGGAGAUCAAGCAAAUGAAGACGCGUCUCUCACCACACCACCAGAGCAGACACCUGUAUUUUAUUACUAUUACUAUAUAACACCACCACGAGGCAGCUUUUCUACGCUGUUCUACUGAAUGCAAACAUAAAAGCCAUGAAGAAGAGAGCUCCGAACUUGAGAAGUGAUAUGGAUUCCUUUGUACCAAAGAAGAAGAAGAAAUUAAUUCGGGUAUAUGAUGUGAACGACCUCUUCACCACCGAGGAAGAACCUAGAGAUGAACAUUCCACUGAAGACGAAAAUGAUGAAGAGGCGGUUGCUUCAAGUAGAAAUACCAGCCAUGGAUACCAUUUGGUGAGAGGGAAGAUGGACCAUGGGAUGGAAGAUUAUUUGGUCGCAGAAAAUAGAAAAAUCAAUGGCCAUCACUUAGGCUUAUAUGCAAUUUUUGAUGGCCACUCUGGUCGAGAUGUUGCAAAAUACUUGCAAUCCCAUCUAUUUGAUAACAUAUUGAGUCAGUCCGAGUUCUGGAAGAACCCAAAAAGGGCACUGAAGAAAGCAUACAAGAUUACAGAUGACGAGAUUCUUGAUAACAUAGAUGGUUCUAGAGGAGGCUCAACAGCAGUUACUGCAAUUCUUAUAGACCAUAAGAGGCUAAUUGUGGCCAAUGUUGGCGAUUCCCGGGCGGUCUUGUGUAGAAAUGGUGUAGUAAGGGCUCUGUCAGUAGAUCAUGAACCGGAGAAGGAGAAAGAAAUGGUCGAGAGAAAAGGUGGUUAUGUUUCCCAAAUGCCAGGAAAUGUUCCUCGAGUUGAUGGGCAAUUAGCAAUGACAAGGGCAUUUGGAGACGGAAGGCUAAAGGAACAUAUCACUUGUGAACCUGAUUUGACGAGUGAGAUCAUAGAUGACGAUGAUGAGUUCCUUAUUUUAGCAAGUGAUGGCUUGUGGAAGGUGAUGUCAAACCAAGAAGUUUAUCAUUGUAUUGAAUGUUUGCAGGAUGCGCAAGAAGCAUCAGAGAAGUUGAUUUCAGCGGCAUUAGAGUUAGGAAGCAAGGAUGAUAUCUCAUGCAUAGUUGUGAUUUUUCACUGAUUUGUUUGUGUUCUGGUUAAUAAAGCUUUGUACGAUACUUGAGAACAAACUAUCUCAGUGUUCGCCCUUCUCUCUUUAUACCACAAAGUUCAGCUCUCCAAAUUUGAUGGUGUUUGAUUUUUGAGGUUCCCAGUAAAACAGAGAUUGCAUGGUGUUUGAUACGAAAUGCUAAUUUGGAC